GGCUCUCACUUGUAUUGUGGUUUCAUGGUUUGGUCGUAUUUCUGCGUUGUGAGGGGACGCACCGUGUGCACGGCUCCUUUCUGAUGCUGUGCGUCGCAAUGAGCGGUCAUGUGGCUCACAUUUAAAGGGGCUGUCCAGAUGUGCAGUGUGGGGUGCCUGGUCUGCUCUGGAGCCUGUGGAGAGUGGAUAGAUGAGAGCACAGGUGGCAUCUGAUGCUUUAUUAAGCUUGUGUUCUUAUAAAGCCUGACAUCGUCCUUGCAGCGACUGAAUCGGGUUCUACAUGGAAGAGAGAAUGGAGCCUGUGGAGAAGACGCUUCCUCUAGAAUCUGCUGUUGUGAAGCCAGACAUCGAAUCUAGUAUAAAAGAAGGCAAACCUUUGAUUAUAACGAUUCCAGUAGACGACGAAUGCAAGUCCUCAGACGUCUAUGUGAUUUCUGAUAAUGCCUCAGCAAUAAAGCAAGAAAUUAAACCUGUGAUGGAUCCUUUACGACACAGAAAUACAUUUUCACAAGGAGUUUACGUGAUUUCUAAUAAUACUUUAACAUUGAGGCAAGACACAAAACCUGAGAUGGCUCCUUUACCACUCAAAAAGGCUUCGUCACAAGGUGUUUACGUGAUUACUGACAACACUUUAAAAAUAAAGCAAGAAACGAAACCCCAGAUGGAUCCUUCACCACUUAAAAAGACAUUGCCACAAGGAGAUGAGUCUUCAGAAGCAACUAUUAUAGUCAAUAUUGAUGACGAUGAGGAAGAUGAUGAUGACGAUGAGGAAGAUGAUGAUGAUGGUGAGGAGGAGGAGGAGGAGGAUGACGACGACGAAGAGGAGGAGGAGGAGUGUUAUAAAAAGGAACAAGUGACACCUAAAGGAGGUGCAAAUGCUGCAGACUGGUUCGUUCAAGAUGUUAUCGCCCCAGUAGAGAACAAAAGCGCCCAAAAUCAGCCCGGACCAGUCAAUGUCUGGUGUGUGAAGAGCGUAAAGGUUAGCAACCAAAACCAGCCUAAGGGAGAAAAUCUCGGCAAAUCUGACAAGAAACCAGGGGUUAACGUUCUCGAAAACCAGGCGCUUCACAACAGGCAGGCCCCUAUUGGCUCAAAGUUCGGGGCACCUCUCUCUGAUGCAAUAACCAUAGACGACGAUCUAGAAGAGAAGAUCCAGGUGUGUCAUGAGUGUUCGAUGUGCUUUACCUCGCUGUCCGAUCUGGAAGCGCAUAUGAAAAGUCACCAGGGCGGAAGUUCCUGGAUUUGCUCCGACUGCGGGAAAUCUUUUUACACCAAGUCAAGUCUCGAUCGGCACCAUUUAACUCACCUGAAACGUAAACCACUAAAGUGUCCAGAAUGUGGCAAGGAAUUCUCCAAGCAUGCAAAUUUUGAAAUGCACCUGCGGCUCCAUGCCGGGGAAGUGCUUUUUCCAUGCAGCGAAUGCGAAAAAUUGUUUAAUUCAAAGGCCUCUUGUGACAGACACAUACGAGCGCAUAAGAUAGAACGUCCACACGUCUGCCCCCAGUGUGGGAAAGGCUUUCUUUAUAAUGGCUGCCUCAUUAGGCACAUCAGGGUUCACACUGGGGAACGGCCAUUCCCUUGUCCCGAAUGUGGCAGAUGUUUUCGUCAGACUUCGGCUCUCAAUCGUCACGUAAAAACCCAUACGGGUAUAAAGCCAUAUGACUGCUCGGAGUGCGGUAAAUGUUUUACCCAUCAGUCGGAUCUCAACCGACACAAGGAGACCCAUAGAAGAGAACAGCUUGUACAGUGUAUGCCAAGUAAUGAAAGCUCUUUACCCACAUACAUUAUUUUAUAAAACGUACUGUGGCUGCUGGCGUACCCAGUGGUUGGAGCGAUGUAAAUUAGUGUUAAUACUAAUGAAUUUGAAUUUUUUUAUAGUGUGCAUUUGUAGAGAUGGAACUCUGCUUUGGAGCCACGGUAUUGAUUAACUAGCAGUAAUGAUACCACCAUAUUAGAUGCCACUUUCCUUUAUAAAGGGGGAGCAAACUGGUAGCAGCAAGACUGGGGGAUUUCUUGUUUCUUUCUUAUGCCUCGCCUAAGCCGACACGGUCGUUUUCCAUGCAGUAGUCACAUGAAGGUGUGCUGAUUUUUUAUUUCCCCAUAUGACAUUCUCCUGGAAUUUAAAAGCUAUGGACACCAAUUUAAUUUUUAUUAUUCAUUUGCUUCCUAAAUGCAAAAUUCAUUUCAAACAUUCUAUUUCCGUCAUCAAAAAGUUCCUAGCAUUUUGCUUCUGCAGAGUGUAAGUCCUUCACCUACAGUGCUGCCCAUAAUUAUUCAUACCUCUGGCAAAUUUUGACUUAAAGUUACUUUUAUUCAACCAGCAAGUAAUUUUUUUGACGGGAAAUGACAUAGGUGUCUCCCAAAAGAUAAUAAGACGA